AACACGGGAGAGGCGCAACCGGAUAGCGAUAUGCGUGCGGAGGUGAAGGUGAAGGUGAAAGCCAAGGCAAACAGCCAGUCACCUUGAGUUUAUACUUUGUUUGCUAUACAUGCAGCUCAUGCUUGCACACGGUGUGCUCGGGACUUCGUGGUGCCUAGAUAGUAUCGAAUAUCACAAAGUAAUCGAGAAGAGGACUAGAAGCUGUCUGUUGCCUUUGGAAGGCUAUGAGUGGAAGCAACAAACAAAAAGGCCAAGGUAUGUCUCGAAAAUGCCUUUAUAUCAUCCUUUGAAAGUGAAACUGGCAAGCUUCAAGACCAUUAUUACAUAUUUUAUAAUCACAUAGUUCCUUUGCGAUCAGAGAGCGAGAGGUUGCUCUCCUGGGUUGUUUUGAGUGUGUUGAUUCGA